AUGGCAAAAAUACCCGCCCAGAAAUCAUGGAUACGUCCGCCAGGAUUUGAAUCAUUCUCAAAAAAAGAAGAAGUUAUUUCGGCUGUAAUCAUAUGGACGGAUUUCGGCGGAACGUAUUCCAUCACCACUCAGGAUCUUAAUCCAGUAGCUAGCCAAAAUCCCAGCGGAACGUAUUCCAUCACCACUCAGGAUCGCAAUCCAGUGGCUAGCUUCUCAGUUGGACAAAUCACAUGGGCAGAUACCGUAGUUCCCCAUGCUCUUUGUCAACCGCCAUAUAAUUCGCAAAAGCUGAGUGGUUGGAAUAAUCCAACCAGUGAAACAAGUAUACUAAUAGAAGGUGCCUACCUGAAACUGCUUCAACAUUCUCGAUGCCGAUUUCUCUUCCCAUGA